UUCACUCACUCACUUGAGGCCAAGCCGUCCUCUCUGUCUGUCUCUUUAUCACUCUUUUCUCUCUCUCACUGUGAGACAGAAGUCAGAGCUUUCCUCACUGACAGCCUCAACUCUUCACAGCACUUACUGAGGCUAGAGAGAGAGAGAGAGAAACUGCAAACCAAAACUACACUGACAAACUUUUUUCCUCUUCUCCUUUUCUGACUUUUAUUUUUUGUUUCUUAACAAGAAUAUAUAUAUUUUUUCCCCAGAGAAAAGAAAACCAUAUAUUUACUCCAAGGAUACACUUUUAUUUUAUUAUUAUUAUUUUUAAGAAGAGGAGAAAAAAAAAAAGGCAAGUCUCUAUAAACUGGUGUCAGGAUGUCUGUGCAUUUGCUGAACGGAUUUUUGCUGGUACUUUGCUGGAUUAUAGUGAGAAGUACGCCGACGCCAGGAUCUGAGGGGCACACUUCAAUCGCUGACUGUCCGUCAUGCUCCCUGUCUAAAUUCCACAAGGAUGCGCCCAGUGCUCAAAAUGACAUGGUGGAGGCAGUUAAGAAGCACAUUCUCAAUAUGCUGCAUUUAAGGGACAGACCCAACAUCACCCAGGCAGUGCCCAAAGCAGCGCUUUUAAAUGCCAUCAAGAAAGUUCACGUGGGGAAAAUAGGAGAUGAUGGGCAAGUGCAAAUAGAUGAUAGAAUUGCACGGAGAGCAGAAGUCAACGAAAUAUUGGAGCAAACCUCCGAAAUAAUCACAUUUGCCGAAGCAGGUCCCUCAAAGAAAGUGCUUCACUUUGAAAUUUCCAAAGAAGGCAGUGAUUUAUUGAUAAUCCGAGAAGCAGAACUUUGGCUCUUUGUAAAACUGUCUAAAGCCAAUCGAAGCCGGGCUAGAUUAACAAUACGGCUGUACCAGCAGCAGAGGAUUCAGAAGGAUCAUAGAGGACCUGAGACAAAAAAUGAAGUUCUGAUUGCUGAGAAAGUGGUGGACACAAAGAAAAGUGGCUGGCACACAUUCCCUAUAUCUGGGAGCAUCCAACGUUUACUGAAUCAUGGCAAGUCAUCUAUAGACAUUCGAGUGGCUUGUGAACAGUGCCAAGAGACAGGGGCAACUCCUGUCCUCCUUGGGAAAAGGAAGAGAAAAGAUGAUGAGGAGAGAGAAGCAGGUACAAAUGGAGGUGAGGAAGAAAAAGAACAGUCACAUAGGCCAUUCCUAAUGAUUGUUGCUCAGCAGACAGAUGAACACCCACACAGAAGAAAGAAACGUGGCCUAGAAUGUGAUGGUAAAGUAAGCAAUUGCUGCAAAAAGCAAUUUUACGUCAGCUUCAAAGAUAUAGGAUGGAGCGACUGGAUCAUAGCCCCUCCUGGCUACCACGCCAACUAUUGCGAGGGAGACUGCCCUAACCACAUUGCAGGGACUUCUGGUGCCUCACUUUCAUUUCAUUCCACAGUAAUCCACCAGUAUCGAGUUAAAGGUCACAGCCCAUUCAACAACAUUAAAUCCUGCUGUGUUCCAUCCAAGUUGAGAGCUAUGUCCAUGCUCUAUUAUGAUGAUGGACAAAAUAUAAUUAAGAAGGAUAUCCAGAACAUGAUCGUGGAAGAGUGUGGUUGCUCGUAAACUGAACAUUUGGUAUGACACUAAUCAUAAAAAGAUUGCAAUUGGCUUGCAAGUGAAAAUGAUCAACGGGAGAUGAACUUGAGAAGGAAGAGCAUGUUCUGCACCUGCUGCAGUUAGUAUAUGAAAAGGACAUUUCUAGCUCUUAUAGCUAUGAGCUUGGAUACUAUAUAAAGAGGCACAACAAUACACAUGUUUAUCUAUAUAUACAACAUAUUCCUGUUUGUGUAAAUGUAUACGCAUUUAUGCAGGUUGUAUAAAUAGAUAUUCAGAAAUAGAUCUAUAGCACCAUGUUAGUUCAACCCUUUAUUUUACUUUAACAACUGUACUGUGCAGGUGACUCAACUUCCUUCUUUGCACUAUUACUGCAUACUAAAAAGGAAAAAAAAAGAAAAAGCAUACAAAGUUAAUUUUCAUCAAGGUGCUUAAGAUCUUAGAACUAUGCAACUUAUGGGGUUUGAAAACUGUUUACCCAAAAACCAAGAAAAAAAAAAAGACUUUUCAGUGGAAGUAACAUGUUUAAUAUUUUUGUUCUUUCAUGAGAGAUACUUGAAAGGAACAUGUUGGUUCAGGUACUGGAACCAAACAUUUCUAUAUUUUGUAAAAAAAGUUUCUUUUUUUAUUUGCACUACAACAGUAUUUGACCUGUCUAAUAUCCUUAUUUAACAAGUAUUUUUUUGAGAGAGGUUUUAAGAGCUGCACUUAACAUGAGAUAUAUGAGAACUGCUACAGCACACUUCAAAAUAGCUAUUUUUAUGACUAUUUUCAAUAUUUUUCUACCUUAAAUGAGACACUCACACCAAAGACAUGUGUGUAAAGAUUUAAGUCUGCCUGUGGUUGGUAAUUACUGAGCAAAUGGGAAGGAAGAAUUUAAAGGAUUGAGUGUAAAUGAAAAUGUAUCAAAGCCAAAAUUGUAUACUUUAUCUACAUCCAUUUUGGGUAAUUAUGCUGCUUCCAGGCAGCCUUUGUUUCCUUUAAAAAAGGCACUUCAGCAACUUAUCUCUAUUGCAUAUUUCUUCUUUGGUUAACCAUUCCACUAAUUGGAUAACCGUUUUAGUAUGCUGACAUAUGUUCUUGAAUUUCAGAAUUGUGAAUAUGCACAAAAUGACAUUGUUUUGACGAUAAUGCAAGCUUCAUACUGUGUGGCAUACAACUAGGAACAUUCUGGCAAGCAUGGUAUACCAUGAGUAACUGGAGCACAUUAAUGACAUCUGUGCACAUGUAAUUGUGCAAAUGGUAUUGCAAUUUGGCUUUUUAGAUGUUACCUUUAAAUUUCACUUAAACUGCACUAGAAAAUAACAAAACCACUUUUUUGAACAAUUACAAAUGUUGCAGAUUUAAAAAUGUCUCCCACUACAUUAGUUUCCACAUAGCUGCCGCCAUAAUAUAUACCCGUGGUAAAAUCUUGCCUUGGCUAUUGGUUUUUGGUAGCUAUAAACUAUUUAUCUUUUUUGUAUUUAUUUACAGGGAACACAUUUGGAGUAAAUAAAAAGUAAACAACAACUUUUAUACCAGAUAGAAGAAAUUGAAUACAUAUCAUGUUGUUGCAUUUAAUUAUAAAUUAUUUCAGCAACGAUACCUUAAGUACUUCUGUUGAAAUAUGUAUAUGUGUAAUAAAGGGCAAAAUAUC